CGCAAACCUCAUUCGUUUCCCUUCCCGCAAACUCCCAACAACAAAUCCAAUACACAACCCAGCACUCUUGCAAUAACACAGCGCACAAUGAACUCCCGCUCGGGUCUCGUCCUCGCUCGCCGCGCAGUCCAGCGCAGGUCAAUGGCCACCACAGCCUCAGCCACACCCGCCAAAUCCUCCUUGCCCCCUCUCGAAUCCGUCAUGCUCAAGGAGAACCACGACGCUAGGCACCACGCUAAAGACGCCACCUCCUCAUGGUUGAAGAUCAACAUCUUCCUCGUCUUCCCCGCCCUCGCCGGUGUCGCUUACUUCACCGGUCCUAAGGAAAUCAAACACAUUGCCCAUAUCAAGGAACACCCGCUGGAAUGGAAGGCUAUUCCUUACUUGCGCAAGCGGAAGAAUGCCAACCCCUGGGGAGACAACAACCUGUUCUACUUCCCCGCAGGAAACCCCAAACCCGAGGCCGAGGAAUAG